AGAGCCCCGUGUGCGUGUCCAGGCGGUGCGUGCGAGUUCUCCUCCGCCCCCUCCCGUGUUGCCGGGAUGCUGUGCGGGUGACCGAGCACUGGAACAGAUUGCCCAGAGAGGUUGUGCAGUCUCCCUCACUGGAGAUGUUCAAGAGCCGUCAAUCCUGGGCCACGUGCUCUAGGAUGGCCCUGCUUGAGCAGGGAGCUUGGAGCAGAUGCCCCACUGCCGUCCCUUCCAGCCCGGCCCGUUCCCUGUGCGCUGCCUACGGUGGGCAGCGCUGUGUGAGGUGUUGGUGCAAAGCGCGAACACAAAGCCUUUGCUGUCAGCGAGGCGUGUGUUGCAGAUAAGGAUCGAAGAAAAGCAAAUGUGGGCUGUUCACGGAAGAGCGAUAAUGCUGGCGGACGUGGAAUAUGCAAGAGUCGCAGCGUUUCAGCACCUGAAGUGCCCUUUUUGAAAAGCUUGCAUCAAAAUGAGUGGACAGAGGAGCGAUGGGAACUCUUCUACAUGUUCUUUGAGUGUAGGGUGACUGUUCAAAGAUGCUUCUCCAAGAGAAAAGCAAAAAUCUUAAAAUUGGAUAUUGCCUGAUAUCUCCAGAGGAACUAAAGAGCUAGCUUUUACUAAGAUCUGCAGUGAAGGGAGAAGGCAAGAGAAACAGGUGAACCAAGAGUGAUAUUUCCCGAAUACAUUUGCUUGUUCUUCCAGAUAGGAGAUAAAUGUGUUAAGCUGGCAAAGUGAUUCUGCUCAGACAUGAGCAGUGCCAGUAACUCACUGGCACGGGAAUUUUUGACUGAUGUCAACAGACUGUGCAAUGCAGUGGUACAGAGGACAGAAGCCAAGGAAGAUGAAGAAGAAGAAACUCAUAUGGCAGCACUGGGACAAUACUUAGUUCAAGGACGUGGGUUUAUUUUGCUUACCACUCUGAACUCAAUAAUUGAUCAGGAGCUGACAUGUCGAGAAGAACUUCUGACCCUCCUCCUGUCCCUUCUGCCAUUGGUUUGGAAAAUCCCUGUCCAGGAAGAAAAAGCAAUAGAUUUUAAUAUACCCUUUACAGUAGACAUAUGCCUGACCAAAGAGAAUAAUACAAGUUCCGUGAAACCUACUCAGGAAAAACUAAACUUAGAUGGAAGCGCUCAUUCAUCUCUUCAGGCUUCUGUAAAGCUCAGUCUUCGAUCUCGAAAAAGCGGCCGUCUGCGCAAAACCACGCACCGCUACUCCGUGCGAGAUGCGAGGCGGUCCCAGCUGUCCACGUCAGAUUCCGAAGGCAAUUCUGAUGAAAAGACUGCUGUAAUAACAAAACACAGACGCUCCCAGUUACUGCAGCCCUUUUUAACCUCUUCUGUUAGGGACAGCUACCCUGGAGGUAGAAGUGACUGCCGACCUCCUGAAGUGGUACCAGGUUCUAAUACGGCUGCCCCUAAUCUAGAAAGUUCCAGCAACGUUAUUCUAGCACAUGAGAUUUUGAAUGAACCAGCUGCAGGAACUUCUGAGAGCAGCAUGGAUAACUCUCCUUUUGACUUAUGCCAUGUCUUACUGUCUCUCCUAGAGAAAGUGUGCAAAUUUGAUAUUACUUUGAAUCACAGCUCUGCUCUUUCAGCGAGUGUCGUGCCCACACUGACAGAAUUCUUGUCAGGAUUUGGAGACUCCUGCAAUGUAAGUAGCAACACAGAAAAUGAAGUUGUUUCUGCAGGGUGGACAGAAGAACCAGUGGCUCUGAUCCAAAGGAUGCUUUUUCGAACAGUGCUACAUCUUAUGUCUUUAGACAUUAGCAAUACAGAAACAAUGCCUGACAAUUUACGAAGAAAUUUAACAGACUUACUUAAAGCAGCAUUAAAAAUCAGAAUUUGCUUGGAAAAGCAACCUGGUCCUUUUGCUCCAGGAUACAAGAGAACACUACAGGAGCUGGCUCAGGAUGAUUAUAUAUUUUCAAGAUACCGUCACAGAGCCUUGCUUCUACCUGAGGUUAUAGAAGGGGUCUUGCAGAUUUUGAUCUGCUGCCUACAAAGUGCAGCCUCCAAUCCAUUCUACUUUAGCCAAGCUAUAGAUCUGGUUCAUGAGUUCAUACAGCAGCAGGGAUUUAAGCUGUUUGAAGUAACGGUGCUUCAAAUGGAAUGGCUGUGUAUGAAGAAUGAGGGAGUACCUGGGGAAGCCUCAGAGCAUCUGAAAGCCCUGAUUAACAGCAUCAUGAAAAUAAUCAGCACUGUCAAAAAAGUGAAAUCAGAGCAGCUCCAUCAAUCGAUGUGUACAAGAAAGCGGCACAGACGAUGUGAGUACUCUCACUUCAUGAAUCACCACAGAGAUCUCUCUGGACUUUCUGUAUCUGCUUUUAAAAACCAAGCUUCCAAAAACCCUUUUGAAACUGCUGAUGGAGAAGUUGAUUAUCCCGAGAGAUGCUGUUGCAUUGCCGUUUGUGCACACCAGUGUUUGCACUUGUUGCAGCAAGUUUCUUUGAGCAGUACCUGUGCUGAGAUUCUCUCAGGUGUCCAUAAUGUAGGAAUAUGUUGUUGUAUGGACCCAAAGUCUGUGAUUGUCCCAUUGCUCCAUGCUUCCAAGUUGCCAAUAUUAAAAAAUUUUCAACAGCACAUACUGAACAUCCUUAACAAAUUUAUAUUGGAUCAACUGGGUGGAGCAGAAGUCUCUCAAAAAAUUAUACAGGCAUCAUGCAAUAUAUGUACUGUUGACUGUGAUCAGCUCGCUCAGCUGGAAGAUGCCUUGCAGGGCAGCUCCAGUGAUGCCAGUCCCACAUCUAGUUCCUCUUGCAGAGUUCAGGGAAUACUGCCUAGCACUGGAUCUGAAGAUAUGUUGUUGAGAUGGCGUGCACUGGAGGCUUAUCAGGACAUCAUUUUUGAAGAAGACAAGCUACGUGGCGCACAAAUCGCCAGCCAUAUUUGCCACUUAAUUCAAAAGGGAAAUGUAGUGGUCCAAUGGAAACUGUAUAACUGUAUCUAUAAUCCAGUACUUCAGAGAGGAGUUGAGCUAGCUAGCCAUGCUCAACAGCAACUUGGACUAAGUACAGCUGAUAAACUCAUGUGCAGUUACCAUAGCCAGGAUUUGCCUUCUGAAGUGCUUCAGGUUUAUUUGCAGAUGCUCCCUGUGUUGCUAAAAUCCAGAGUAAUUAGAGACUUGUUUCUGAGUUGUAAUGGAGUGAAUCAAAUGAUUGAGUUAAAUUACUUAGAUGCAUUAAGAAGCCAUUCUUUGAAAGUGUUAGAGACUUUGAUAUUCUACCUUGAUGAUCAGCAGGAAGACCAAGUAACACCAGAACUGGAAGGACUGAACAGCGAACAAAAGGAAUCUGUGUCUGACUUGCCCACUUCUCUUUGUAGCCAGCAUGCUGUUUCAGAAGUUCCUCAAAGCCUGAGCAAGUUUUAUGCUGGUUUGAAAGAGGCUUACCCAAGAAAGAAAAAGUUUGUGAGCCAAGACAUUCACGUCAACACAAUAAACCUGUUCCUCUGUGUUGCUUUUUUAUGUAUAAGUAAAGAAGCAGAUGGUGAUCUGGAUUCAGCUAAUGAGUGUGAAGAUACAUCGGGAUAUGAUAGUACAGCUAGUGAGCCAUUAGGCCACAGAUUACCCUAUCUGUCCCUGGAAAGCCUUACUUUGCCCUCUCUGGAACAUAUUCAUAGGGCUGCAGAUAUUUGGUCCAUGUGUCGUUGCAUCUAUUUGUAUAGUUCAGUUUUCCAGAGGCAGUUCCAUAGACUUGGAGGCUUUGAAGCAUGCCAGAGAUUACUAAUCCUGAUAAUUCAGAAACUUGCAAAAAAUAAGGAAAAGGAGCAAGAAAAGAGGGAGAGAGUAUUGAGUGAAAGCAGCCGAAGUUCACAUGGGAGUCCUCGAACUGAGAUUCUCAGCAAGGAUGACUCUGUUCAGCUGGCUAAAAGCAGAGAGAUGAUGCAAUUGGAGCUUGAUAGUUCUGGCAGUCCUGCUGGUGCUGAGCAGCUGUUGCCUGACUCUGUCUCCUGUGACAGUGCUCUGAGUAUGGAACACACUUUGGUUACUUCAGCUUCCAAUCUUGAAGGGGUAAGGACUUCUGCAACAGAAGAGACUGAGUGGGCAAUUCAAGGCAUCAGACUUCUAGAAGCUCUGCUGACCAUCUGUCUACACAGUGCAAGCACCAUGCAGCAGAAGACAGAAGUGGAGACGUUUCACCAGAAUACCUGUGUGGAUGAUAUCCUACUUGAAAUAAGAGAGCAGCUUGCUCAGUCAAAAGUGAUAGAAACUGACUUGGCAAAGCCUCUGUUUGAUUCACUGCUUCGUGUUGCGUUGGGCACUUUUUCUGCUGAUCUGGAUCAUUCUGAAGAAAAAAUUGAAAAGAUCCACUACACUGAGAAGGAGCCUGUGUCACAACCUGGAGAAAUUUCUGAAGAAACUGAAGAAUCACAAUGCUGUAGUCUUAAACCUUUUGCUGAAGAGGAAGGAUAUGAAGCAGAUAGUGAAAGUAACCCUGAUGAUAGUGAAACCAAGAAUGAAGGAGCAGACACCAAGGCAGAACCAGGAUGUACUGGUGCUUCAGGUUAUUUUAAUGGUCUAGAAAACAUCAGUCAAGGAGAAUUAAUGUAUCCUGAAAUCUGCAUGUUAGAAUUAAACUUGCUGUCAACUGGUAAUGCAAGUUUAGAUGUGCUUGCUCAUGUAUUCCAAAGCUGCCUGAAUAUCAUCAACCAGAAGGAGAGAAAUGCUGCUGUCCUUAUAGAACAGGGAGCUGUUAAACACCUUUUGGGAGGAUUUCUGAACAUAUUGACACAAACAGAAUCUAGUUUUCAUGCAUGUCAGAUGGUGCUGGUAGAUCUGCUAGUUUCCUUGAUGAGUUCACAGACCUGUUCAGAAGAGCUAACUCUUCUUCUGAGGAUAUUUUUGGAGAAGACACCUUGUACGGAGGUACUACUCAAGGGUGUAUUGAAGAUUGUAGACACUAAUAUUUAUAUGAAUCCAUUACAAUACCUUUCCUUUCCUUUGCUGAACGGCACAAAUUUGAGUAGCAGUUCCUCACAAAAAUGUGCUGGCAGUUCCAGCAAUAAAAAUGCUGGAUUACCAAAAAGAGCAAAAUUGUCACAGAGUAAGAAAGAGGCAGAUGGUGAAAACUUGAGUCACCAGCUACUUUCUUCUUGGCAUGUAGCCCCAAUUCACUUGCCUUUAGUUGGGCAAAACUGUUGGCCACACAUGUCUGAUGGCUUCAGUGUCUCACUGUGGUUUCGUCUGGAAUAUGCUCAUGAAACAGAAAAUUCAGCAGAAAAGGGGAAAAAAGUCAAGAGGAGAAGCAGACUCAUAGCUGUAAGAGAGAACAGUUUUGACAGCACAGAAGAAACAAAGUCUAUAGGAAUGGAAUAUGUAAGCCUGGGAGACAAACUUGUUGAAGACGGCUGUAUUCAUAUAAUUUCACUGGGUUCCAAAGCUCUGAUGAUACAAGUUUGGGCAGACUUGAACACUGGAGCAUUCAUAUUUCGUAUGUGCAUGGACCCAAAUGACGAGAUGAAAGCUGGUUUGCUGGCACAGGCUGAAUCUCCAGGGAAUGUUUUCCAUGUGGGCAGGUGGCAGCAUUUGGCAUUAAAAUACCUGCAGAAGCCAGAAGGCAAGAAAAAUUUCCAUGGAAAGGUGUUGCUGUGGGUUUCUGGUCAGAGGCAAUGUGAGAUCAAUUUAGAUUUUGCACUACCAAGGAAAACAAGUUUAUCAUCUGACAGUAACAAAACAUUUUGCAUGAUUGGCCAUUGCACAUCAUCCCAAGAAGAUCUGCUUCGAUUGUCGGGUAGAUGGGAUCUUGGAAAUCUGCUUCUAUUUAAUGGUGCAAAUAUUGGACCAGAGGAAGCAUUUUACUUAUACACGUGUGGCCCGGACUUCACAUCUGUAAUGCCUUGUAAAUAUGGCAAAGCAUUGACUGACUGCUCAAAGUACAUAAGUAAAGAGAUUCUACAAUGUGAAGAAAUUAAGGAGCUCUUCAUGACAAAAAAGGAAGUGGAUGUUGGGCUUUUAAUUGAGAGUCUUGCUGUUGUUUAUACCACAAGCUGUCCUGGUCAGUACACCAUAUAUGAGCCUGUCAUUAGACUGAAAGGUCAAGUGAAAACUGUACCUUCUCAGAGACCUUUCAGUUUGAAAGAAGUUCAGAGCAAUGUGUUGGACCCCCAUCACCUAAAAGCACUUCAGCCAGUCGAAUAUAAAACUCUUCAGGGUAUACUACAUGAAAUUGGAGGCACUGGUGCAUUUGUUUUCCUCUUUGCCAGGGUAGUAGAGAUUAGCAGCUGUGAAGAUACUCAAGCUUUAGCACUACAACUUAUACUAUCUUUAACAAAAUACAAUCAACAGAGAAUACAGGAGAUGGACAACUGUAAUGGUUAUUCUAUGAUUCGCCGGGUGCUAAUCAAGCCAAAAUGCAUUGUUGGAUUUUGCAUGCUGAAGACUCUCCUUGAAGGAUGCUGCAGUGAUGAGAUUCUCUGUAUAAAUGAAAAUGGGCAAUUCCAGCUUGACCCUGAUUCUACUGCAGUUAUUCAGGAUGUCCAGUUGCUAGAAAAGCUGCUUCUUGACUGGAAGAUAUGGUCUAAAGCAAAGCAAGGUGUUUGGGAAACCCUGUUAGCAGCUCUUGAAAUCCUUAUCAGAGCUAACCAUCACCAACAGAUGUUUAACAUUAAACAGCUAUUGAAAGCUCAAGUGGUCCAUCACUUCCUGUUAACUUGUCAGGUUCUGCAGGAGCAUAAAGAGGGACACCUUGCAUCCCUGCCUCGGGAGGUUUGCAGGUCAUUUGUGAAAAUAAUUGAAGAAGUGCUUGGUUCUCCCCCAGACCUGGAAUUGCUGACACUGGUUUUCAAUUUCCUCUUAGCAGUUCACCCUCCCACCAAUACAUAUGUUUGUCACAACCCUACCAACUUCUACUUUUCCCUGCACAUAGAUGGCAAAAUUUUCCAGGAGAAAGUUGAAUCACUUAGGUACCUUAGAAAUUCCAGCAGUGGUGGGAGGUCACUAGACAAUUCUGCAUUUGUGAUUACAUCUCCAACUGGAUUUACAGCUUUACCACUGGAAGGCAGCACUUCCAAAGCUAGUGUACAGCAGAAGAUAAGCUCUCAGGAACCUAGAAGGCUUUCUAAAAGCUUACCAGCAUCACCUACUUCCUCACCCCAAGUUCAUCGAAAAAGACUGACUAGAAGAAUGGGAAGCAGUGUUGAUGACCUGCAGAUCCUUGGUGAGCGUGACUACAUGGAUCUUCAGGGUCGAAUUGGUUUUGUAGAAAGCUCUGAAACUAUAAAGAGAGUACAGGAAGAACUCUUCCUUAGCAGCUGUGAGUCUGCAAAAACAGUUUGUGACUCAGAGCUAACAUCUGCCGAAACAUUUGAGGAUAUUGCAAAAGAAGUAGAGUUAUCUGAAAAUGCAUUAGAGAGUAAAGAAGCCGAUACAGACCUGAAAUGUAAUGAAGCUGGUGGUGGUGGUGCAGCUGAGGCAUCGCUCCGUCGUCCAGACAAUCUGAAAGGACUGCCUUCAUUUCAGAAGGGACAGGGUCAUUUUGCAGGGCUGGGCUUGGCAUUCUCUGUUCUUGGAGCAUCAUCAGCCAUUGCUCGCUGGCCAAGCUUUGCUGACAAGAGUGUUCUUCCUGAAGACUGGGACAGUCUUGCUUUUUCUUCAGCUAAUGAGAAUACCCCAAAACCACCUGAAAGCCCUGAUGACAGAUGUGCAGAAGACUACCUUGUGCUUAUCUGUUGUGGAUUAUAUGAUCUCUUGCGUGGAGUUCUCCUAAUCCUACCAGAUAUCAUGCUAGAAGAUGUGAUGGACAAACUUAUCCAACCUGAUUAUCUUAUAGUUCUGGUGAACCACCCAUCUCCUCUCAUACAACAAGGAGUCAUAAAAUUGUUGGAUGCAUAUUUCAACAGAGCAAGGAGGGAGCAGAAGGAGAAAUUCUUAAAGAAUCGUGGCUUUUCUUUGCUAGCCAACCAGCUGUAUCUUCAUCAGGGGACUCAGGAAGUUGUAGAAUGCUUUUUGGAAAUGCUUUUUGGCCGCUCUGUUGGCCUGGAUGAAGAAUUUGAUCUGGAAGAUGUCAAGAAUGCUGGACUCUUUCGAAAAUGGUGUGUCAUUCCUAUUCUGGGUCUAAUAGAGAAUUCUCUCUAUGAUAAUGUUCUGCUCCACAACUGCUUCUGUCUCCUCCUGCAAAUCAUAAGUUCCUGCUCAAAAGUUGCAGACUUACUGCUUGAUAAUGGUUUGCUCUAUGUGUUGUGUAAUACGCUGGCUGCUCUCAAUGGACUGGAAACAAACAUUCCCUUGAAUGACUACAAGUUACUUGCAUGCGAUAUACAACAGCUGCUGGUAGCAGUUGCAAUUCAUGCCUGCAGCUCCUCAGGUUCUCAAUAUUUUCGUGUUAUCGAAGAUCUCAUUGUGCUGCUGGGUCAUCUCCAAAAUAGUAAAAAUGCAAGGAUGCAAAAUAUGGCAGUUGUUCUGCAGUUAAGAGUUCUUCAAGCAGCCAUUGAAUUAAUAAAAACCACAGCAAGCCAAGAUGGUCAGGAGCAGGCCAGUUCAGCCCCAGCACCCUCAGCACCACAUCGCACAAUGUUUCAAAAGCGCAAAGGCAUCGCGGCUUCCAGGAAGUUUUCCCUCGCUCAGUCUGAUGCUCUGCUGGUGAAAAUGCGCUCACUAGCAAGUGAGGAAUUCAACAUGAUGAUGCAGCGGAGAAUGAGCCAAGAAAAUCCUAUCCAAGCCACUGAGUCUGAGUUUGCACAAAGGUUACAGAGGCUGACAGUUUUGGCUGUUAACAGGCUCAUUUAUUUAGCCUCUACUGAAGAGUGCCUUGAUGUACUGGGUAUAACAGAAAAUACAAGUCAAAGCAGACUUUCAGCAUCCCAGCUGGAAGUUCCCGAAGAGGAAAGCCAGCAAGAACUGACUAGCAGAAUAAAUCCUUUUCUUAAAGAAAUGGCCAAAAUGUUGGUGGAAGGAAUCAAAGUAUCCACUGGCACCAGCAGAAUGAGCACUCCUAAACAGCAGUGGAACAGAAUCCUUGUGUUAUGUAAGGACACAUUCCGUACACAGCUUGGGAGGCUUCUUGUGCAUAGCUUGUCUCCUGUAAGGCCUCUGCAGGAGAGGAAGCAGGCUUUGGAAAUGGUACAAGAAGUAAACCAGCAAGAGAUUCUGCGUGACUGUCUAAGCCCAACUUUGCAACAUGGGCCUAAAUUAGUGCUCUAUUUGUAUGAGUUAAUGCACAGUCACAGUGAUGGAAUGACCAAAGAACAGCAAAGAGCAGCAGGAGACCUAAUGAAUACACUGAGGAGUUGUGGCUAUAAAUGCAUUCCCCUGAGCCCACGACCAAAACCAGAUUUAAUAAAAGCUUUGAAAGAGGAUCAGAAGAAAUAUGAGAUGGAAGAAGGUGUAAACAAAGCUGCUUGGGAGAAGACAAUGGCUAAUAAUCGGCAGAAUCUCUUUCAGCGUCUAGAUACAAAAUCUAAAGACAUUUCUAAAAUAGCUGGAGACAUCACACAAGCUGUGUCACUGUCACAAGGAAUGGAGAGGAAGAAAGUAAUCCAGCAUAUCAGGGGGAUGUAUAAGGCAGAGCUAAGUGCCAGCAGACAUUGGCAGGAACUUGUUCAGCAGCUUACCCAUGAUCGAGCACUCUGGUAUGACCCAGUCUAUUACCCAACUUCUUGGCAACUGGAUCCAACAGAGGGCCCAAACAGAGAGAGGCGCCGCUUGCAGAGGUGCUACCUAACUAUUCCGAACAAAUACCUUCUCCCAGACAGACAAAAACAGGAAGGUGUGAUAAAAACUCCAUUGUCUUAUUUAUUUGAGGACAAAACACAUUCUUCUCACUCCUCUACUGUAAAGGACAAAGCUGCAAGUGAACAUAUAAGAGUUAAUCGAAGAUGUAUAAGUGUAGCACCUUCUAGAGAGACUGCUGGUGAACUAUUGCUAGGAAAAUGUGGCAUGUAUUUUGUUGAAGAUAAUGCUUCAGACACAAUUGAAAAUUCGAGUUUUCAUGGAGAAACAGAACCAGCAUCGUUUUCUUGGACCUAUGAGGAAAUCAAGGAAGUUCAUAAGCGCUGGUGGCAGUUAAGAGACAAUGCUGUGGAAAUCUUUCUAACCAAUGGCAGAACUUUGCUCUUGGCUUUCGAUAAUACAAAGGUCCGUGAUGAUGUGUACCACAACAUCUUGACUAACAAUUUGCCUAACCUUUUGGAAUAUGGAAACAUUACUGCUUUGACCCACCUGUGGUGCACAGGACAGAUUACUAACUUUGAAUAUCUGACUCAUUUAAACAAACAUGCAGGUCGUUCCUUCAAUGAUCUCAUGCAAUAUCCAGUAUUUCCUUUUAUACUUUCUGACUACACCAAUGAAACGCUGGACCUAAAUGAUCCCUCAGUAUAUAGAAAUCUGGUCAAACCAAUAGCUGUGCAGUCUAAAGAAAAAGAGGAUCGUUAUGUGGAUACUUACAAGUAUUUAGAAGAAGAGUACCGUAAAGGAGCACGAGAGGAUGAUCCAAUGCCCCCUGUGCAACCAUAUCACUAUGGAUCUCAUUAUUCUAACAGUGGAACUGUACUUCAUUUCCUAGUUAGGCUGCCACCUUUUACUAAAAUGUUUUUAGCUUAUCAAGAUCAAAGUUUUGACAUCCCAGACAGAACUUUUCACUCUACCAAUACAACCUGGCGCCUCUCUUCGUAUGAAUCAAUGACUGACGUAAAGGAGCUUAUACCAGAAUUUUUCUACCUUCCCGACUUUCUAGUUAACAGAGAAGGUUUUGAUUUUGGAGUGCGUCAAAAUGGUGACAGAGUUAACCAUGUAAAUCUUCCACCCUGGGCCCGUAAUGAUCCUCGUCUGUUCAUCUUGAUUCAUCGUCAGGCUUUGGAGUCUGAUCAUGUUUCCCAGACAAUCUGUCAUUGGAUUGACUUGGUGUUUGGUUAUAAGCAAAAAGGCAAGGCCUCUGUUCAGGCUAUUAAUGUCUUUCAUCCUGCAACCUAUUUUGGGAUGGAUGUUUCUGCUGUUGAAGAUCCUGUUCAGAGAAGAGCCCUUGAAACAAUGAUAAAAACAUACGGGCAAACACCUCGCCAGCUGUUUCAUACAGCACAUGUUAGUAGACCUGGAUCCAGGCUUAUCAUGGAAGGAGAACUUCCUGCUGCCAUGGGAUUGCUAGUGCAGUUUGCUUUCAGAGAAACCAGAGAACACACUAAAGAAAUAAUUUAUCCAAGUCCAUUACCAUGGAUAAAAGGCUUGAAGUGGGGAGAAUAUGUUGGCUCCCCAAGUGCUCCAGACCCUGUUGUCUGCUUUAGCCAACCACAUGGAGAAAGGUUUGGCUCUCUCCAGGCUUUACCAACUAAAGCUAUCUGUGGUUUGUCCAGCAAGUUUUGCCUUUUGAUGAUAUAUAGCAAAGAGCAAGGGGUGAGGAGCAUGCACAGCACGGACAUUCAGUGGUCAGCGAUCCUGAGCUGGGGAUACGCCGAUAACAUCUUGCGACUGAAAAGCAAACAAAGUGAACCUCCGGUGAAUUUUAUACAGAGCUCACAGCUCCAUCAGGUAACAAGUUGUGCUUGGGUGCCAGACAGUUGUCAGCUGUUCACAGGUAGUAAAUCUGGUGUCAUCACAGCAUAUAUGAACAGAUUCACCAGCAAUACGCCUUCAGAGAUAGAAAUGGAGUCACAAGUCCAUCUGUAUGGACACACAGCAGAAAUAACAAGUUUGUUUGUGUGCAAACCAUACAGUAUAAUGAUAAGUGUCAGCAAAGAUGGAACCUGCAUAAUAUGGGAUUUGAACAGGCUGUGCUAUGUCCAGAGUCUUGCUGGACACAAGAGUCCUGUGACUGCAGUUUCAGCUAGUGAAACCACUGGUGAUAUUGCAACAGUUUGUGAUUCAGUUGGAGGAGGCAGUGAUUUGAGACUUUGGACAGUUAAUGGUGAUCUUGUUGGACACGUGCACUGCAGGGAAAGUAUUUGUUCUGUUGCUUUCUCUAACCAGCCUGAAGGUGUGUCUGUCAAUGUGAUUGCAGGGGGCCUUGAAAAUGGAGUUGUAAGACUGUGGAGUACGUGGGAUUUGAAGCCAGUACGAGAAAUAACAUUUUCGAAGUCAGCCAAACCUAUUGUAAGCCUUACGUUUUCCUGUGACGGCCAUCACUUGUUCACGGCUAACAGUGACGGGAAUGUAAUUGCCUGGUGCCGCAAGGACCAGCAGCGCUUGAAGCUGCCCAUGUUCUACUCCUUCCUCAGCAGCUACGCAGCUGGGUGACGGCAGGGCCUGCUGCUAACUCAUGUCUCUGAUGCACUUUAAUCCAAAUAGGUUAUAGGAACUCUUAUUUAACUGGACUUUGAAGUACUUUGAAUGUCCCUAGAAUGACUGAACAGGUGGGGCUUGUUUUUAAAGAGCAGCCUAAGGUGGUUGUAAGAUUGCAUAUGUGCAUGCACAAACUUGAAGCAUAUCCAGGUCAUCAGGAAGCUCUGGUCAUAUCCAAUGCCAGCAAAGUGACUAAGAAAUGCUCAAUGCUGCAAUAUAAAACACCAACAGUAUUUUUUUAAAUCACUUCUUGUGCGGAAGUAUUUAAAAAAAAUUAUUAUGCUUAUUCCCCCUCUUAGUAUGUAAAAUAUCAGCAGCAUCAAAUUCUGUAAAUAUCUGUUCAAAUGUCAGCAUAUGUAUAUCUGAUUAGUUGAGCGUGAUAUGGUUAGCUCUGGGAUAAGCAAUCCAAAACUUAAAAAUCAACAACCAUUUAAAAUUGCUUUUUUUGAGAAGCAAGAACUUAGUAGGUGCUUUUUGCACCGUCUUAUGGUAUCGUAAUGCUAAAAAUCAAAUUUCUGCUAUCUUUAUAUUUGUAAUUUUUGCCAUCUUCUCUGUUAGUGGAAUAGUCUUUGUGACAGACGACAAUAAAAUGUUCGUCUUAGUGAUGGGUAGACACCUCAUGGCAUCGUGAAACAAUGAUUAGAUCACAGUGCAGUGUGAAUUCCCUAAUUUUGUUUGUGAUAGUUGGCUCUCCCAGUUCUGUGACAGAACAUCUAUUAUGUACAUGCACAGCUUAUCUUCCAGAGCUCUAAAAAGAGGUGUUAAAGAAGGCACAGAUGUGCUCCUGUUCCAGUGUCAUUGAGGUUCAAUACACUGUAAAAUGUUUGAAUCUAACUGCUUGAAUAAUCAAUGUUCAUAAGCUUCAGAUGAUCUGGAAAGGUUCACACAGAUACGCUGUGCAAAUCUCUUGUGUGUUCCUGGGUGCUAUUUUACGAGGGGGAAAAAAUAAGCCUCUGUCAUGAACGGCUUAACAAAUUUGACAUCUUAGGCCACAUGAAAAAUUAGUAUUUCAGUUGAUGGAUUUGAAGGCCUCUAAAUCUGGCACCAUGACUGAGUGCCUACUAGUCAUGCGAAUGGUAAAGCAAGAAUGCUACGCAAGUCUGAUGUAGUUACAUUUUCCUUUUAAAUUGCUUUGCUUUUUUAUCACUGACAUGUCCUGCUAUUGCCAUUCAAACUGCUGUAUCUUCUCAUGUUUAAGGCUCAUACGCUUUCAGAACACUUUACAUUAAAUUGUCAGGUCGUGACGAAGGUGACGCACACGCAAUCUUUACACUUCUUUUGAAAAUUCCAGAUAGUCUUCAGAAAUUCUUGCGACUUCCUGGUUGAAGAACUUUUCAAACUAGAAAAACUUAAGAAAAAUGUUCUCAUAGUUCAAGACACAAAGGCUCAUCAUUGGUUCAAUUAAGCAAGUGGCUGCACACUGUAUGGAUUGAGUUUUAAACUGCAUAUUAUUGUAGCAGCAUUGUAUGGGAUGGCUGUAGUCAUAUUUUUUGCUGUCUAAAUGUUAAUGUAAGGUCCACAUACAGACUGAAAAGCUUCCUGGCUCAUGUUAAUGUGAUGUGCUUUGUUUAAGAGAAAAAGACAAACAUUGUGGUUUUGGGGUGCAUUUGUGCUCCCUGUUUUGGGGUGUUGCUCACAAAGGCUUAUUUUUUUAUAAAGUAGAAUUCCACUUGUUACAAACCAAUAUGCAAAACUGCUGGCCUUGUAAAGAGUGCAAUAUUAUAUAUUUUUAUGUAAAAGUAAAAAUGAUUUUUUGAAGCAAGGAAUAUUUAUUCAGCUUGAUAUUCUGGAACUAUUAAAAUAACAUUGCAAUAGUGUCUGUGCAUGAUGUACUUAAAUUUCCUGUAAAUGUCACAUUCCACACUGUAUUUGUAUAUACACUGUCACAUUGUUGGGUAAUAAACAGAUCUUUGUAUCAAACCA